CUCAGCCCGGUUGAACAGGCUGCUCUGGUGCUCUGUCACACUGGCGUAUUUGUAUAUUUUAGGACUACGGCUACCAGUGUGGGCUAUUAUCAGCAGCGCUUCACCUAUGAUGGUUUGUUUGAGAAGGGAGGAAAUGAGGCGUAGCGUUAAUGUGCUUUGAGGGUGCCGGAGGAGGAAGCACAGCGGAUUCAAACAGGUGUCCCAUCAGCACGAGCCUGGAGGAGGAAGAAGGAGAGAGGACGAGAGCAACGAGCUGGGUUUUUAGGAUAACUGUCAAAAAAUAGUACCGUAAAAAAGGAGCUAAAAGCACACAUUUUGGGACGUUUCUUUCCCGGCUCGACAGUGAUGGAGACCCCGCGACAGAACCCCCUCCACUGAACCGCUUUUUAAGAGGGGAAUAAGCAGAUAUAGAUAGUCGUGCAUCUCCUUUCUUUCUCUCGCUCCGUCCGUGUCUCAAAGGAGGAAGAGGAGGUGGUAGAAAAGGGGAGGCGGUAACCGACAUCCCCCACGGGACAGGCCGAGAGAGCCACGCUUCUACAGGUGUGUCUGAAGAGGGCACGGCGCUCUAAUCUGCACUACCCGUCCGACACAGCUGGGGUCUGCCUCCAGCUCUCAUUGUUCCAGUUUCUCCUGACAAGAGGCUCAUUUUGGAGUUACAUUUUGCCAUCAUACAAAGCGUAUUUUCUUUUUUUUUUCUUCUGCUCUUUAUUAGCGCAGUUAUCGGCGAGGAGGAAGGGGGAGGCGGAGGGAUCUAAACGGCUAAUUUUGAGACGUUAAUUCAAAAAACGGACGAGACUUUUUAGCUAGGUUCGGUUAUUUUUUCGAAAAAGGAGACAUGUUUACGAAUAUAAGUGGUCAAUUUAGGGCUUAGGGCCGAAUUUGUUUAUUUUUCACCAAAUUUAAAGGGUUUUUACUGGUUUUUACAUCUUUUGUGGAAAGGCAGAAAGCGACCGUUGCUCUUUCGAACCCAGUUCUGACCCAACAAAGUGGGACUAUUUUCUGUUUAACGGACACUAGAGUAGGACUAUCUCCUAUUUAAAACCACUCGUUUCAUAAUGACAACUAGAAAAGGCACGGACGUGGUGACUACCUCCACCAACAUCCACCUGCAGCAGCACCAGACCCAGCCGAGGAGUCCCAGCAGCGGGGUUCCAGCGUCAGAGGCAGCCGGCGGAGGGGGGGACAUGUUCGGUGAAUUUCAGGACUGGUGCUUGCGGACGUACGGUGACUCUGGGAAGACCAAGACGGUGACCCGGCGUAAAUACAACAAAAUACUACAGACUCUGCUCCAGGGGGACGAGGAGAACAGUAACGGGGUUUUCCUACACGAGAAAGGAAGCAACCAUAUAAACGCCAAAUUUAAAUUCUGGGUCAAGUCAAAGGGCUUCACGGUGGGGACUCUGCAGGACGCCAAGAACGGCUCACCGGACAGACCCGUGCUGUAUGUCCCCAUCAAGGCGACGUGCGUGGAUAGUGUGUCAGGGGUCGACUCGUCCUUGAAGCGUGUGGCAGUGGUGGAGGAUUUCUUCGAUAUCAUCUACGCCAUGCACGUAGAGAUCAGCUCCGACCCUGGAAAAGCCCCGAAACACGCCGGCCAGAAGAAGACGUACAAAGCUAUUGCAGAGACGUACGCCUUCCUGCCCAGAGAGGCGGUGACUCGGUUCCUGAUGAGCUGUGGAGAGUGUCAGAAGAGGAUGCACAUCAGCACCACAGGACAAGACUGUAAAGAGAACGACAGACCGAGCUCCUUGGUGCUGGAGGUGAUAGACUACAACAUGCCUCUCACCACCACCUACAUGAAGCAGAUGAAGCUGCAGUGCAUGAACAACAACAACAAGGAUGACAGUUCACUGAGCAGCGAGGAGGAGGCAGAGAUGAGCGAGCCCACAUGGCUAGCAGCUGAUCUGGGGGCGACAUCCGACCUGAGCCCGGCGAGCCGAGGAGAGAGGAUGCGCCACAGUCCCCAGAACGCACACAGCAAGGAGGAUGACGAGGAUUCCUCAUCAGAGAGUGGCAGUGGAAAUGGUCUGCCCGCACUGACUCCUCCCUCCUCUGCUAUAACGGACGCUGCCAUAGUCAGGGAAACGGAGGUCAUCAACGGAAACGGCGGUCCAGCCCCGCUGGACUUCAGCACACCCACUUCCUCCUCGUCAUCGUCAGAGGACCAACAGCCAAUGAACCUGAGCGACCCGCCUCCUCAGCGCCUCCCGCUGUCCUCCUCACAUCUCCCCGUCACUGUGUCGGCAGCUGCCGCAGCACUGCUAGGAGCGCUGCACCCCAACGCCCCUGAGGAGCUCCGCAGGAAGUACCCGCUGGCUGCCAAACCUCCAAUGGCCCCUCACCCGGCCCUGCCACUGCACACUCCCAACACACACUCCCACCCCGAGCUGCGACUGGACCGAGACGGCAGGGACUACGGGAGCAAGUCCCCACAGUACAGCUCAGGUGGCAGCUACGACAGCGUCAAGAUAGAACUGGGUGCUGAGGACCUGACCACGGGGCGUCAUGGCAGCCAGGUUGCCCCAGACGAUGACGACGAUGACCAUGACGACCACGACGACAACGACAAGAUCAACGACACGGAGGGCGUGGACCCCGAGAGACUAAAGGCCUUUAAUAUGUUUGUGCGUCUGUUUGUGGACGAGAACUUGGAUCGGAUGGUCCCUAUCUCCAAACAGCCCAAGGAGAAGAUCCAGGCCAUCAUUGAGUCCUGCAGCAGACAGUUCCCAGAGUUUCAGGAACGCGCCCGGAAGCGCAUCCGCACCUACCUCAAAUCCUGCCGACGCAUGAAGAAGAACGGCAUGGAGACACGUCCGACUCCACCUCACCUCACCUCAGCCAUGGCUGAGAACAUCCUCGCUGCUGCCUGCGAGAGCGAAUCACGCAACGCUGCAAAGAGGAUGCGCCUAGAAGCUUAUCAUGAUGAGCAGAUCUCUCUGGACAAGCCGUCCAGCGGCGGAGGAGGUCUGAGAGAGCCGGCGUCCCUCGCUCACUCUGCCUACUCCCUGGCCGCUUCAGCCUUCUCCUCCCAGGACACCCAGCUCUACAUCAACGGAGCCGGACUCAGCUACGGUUACCGUGGUUACCCGGGCCUGGGUGCUGCCAUGCAACAUCCCGUUUCCCUGACAACCGGCGCUGCUGCUCAGAGCAACGGCCCCACAGACCUCAGCAUGAAAUCCCUCUCCUCUGCCAACAUCUCUAACUCCUCCUCCACCUCGACCACCAACAGCCUGGGCGGACGGGGGAGCGGGGGCGCAGGAGGGGGCGGGGCAUCGACCCAGCUCAGCCAACCGGAAAUCACGGCCGUGCGUCAGCUGAUCGCCGGCUACCGGGAGUCAGCCGCCUUCCUGCUUCGCUCUGCGGACGAGCUGGAGAGCCUCAUCCUGCAGCAGAACUGAUGUUUGGGAGAACACACGCAUUAACACACAUUAACAUGUUUCCCUGUUUUUGUUUGUCUUCAUCCCCUGUCUCUCCUCAACAAGACCUUCUCUUGUUUUUCUUCUCUAAGUCGUCUCCUCAUCCGCCUUUUCCUUCAGGAACUGUUUGUUUUGUAUUUGGAGAAAAAGUGCGGGAAUGAAGGAAGAGAACUUUCCUCAAAUUAUCCCCAAAUCAACCCCACAAAACCUCAACGUGUUGAUUCUCCCUCAGGAGGAGGACAAGGAAAACUGGGAACGAAGAAGCAGAGCAUUUAGACUCUAGAUUAUUCUCUUUCUCACAAUCAGCUCUGCACUCUGAGGGACGGAUUGUAGAGGAGAGGAAGAGAGCAGGAGGAGCGUGGAAAAGUUUUGUUGACUCUGCUGCUGUGACUUCAGACAGAAAAAUAGAUUUUGAGUUUUCCUGUGGGGCUUCAGACGGUAGAGUUUUGAUCAAUGGGGCCAACGCCACUCUAACUUUUGAAAUUCAGACCACGUUUACUCGAGAACGAUCUGCUGAAAACUGAAUCAUUUUCAGUUUCAAAGUUACACUUUCAGAUUUUGCUGAAAUCUGUUGUGCAUGCAGAUAUCAAAAAGGACUAAAAGUGCUGUAAUAUUCAUGCCAGGCCAGUAGAAGGCUUCCUCCUACACGGAAGGGGAAGUGUAAACGUACAAACAUUUCUAAAGCCCAGUUUAGACCAAAGAUUAGCAACAUGAUGAGACCGUUAAAGAACAUCGCUGGUGAACCGAGCUGUCACAGCUCAGAUCAGGCCGUCUGAUGAUGAUGAUUCAGUUCAUCAAGUCGCAGACGGCGGGUUGUGAGAGGAUAAAUGUGAAAUGGAAAUCUCAUUUUGAAAGGCUAUAAUCGCCAAAAAACUUUAUUCAAGGUGGCAUUUUUCAUUUGGAAAAAUCAAAUUGUCAGUUUUGCCCACCCCUGCUGUCGGAGCUAAAAUAAUCCAUAGACAGUUUUUAUCUCAGUUAUGACAAGCCUGAGCUAGCAAAGCAUUUUUGUAUUUAUAUGUGCCAUGGAGAUUCAGUGCAGCUGAUUGGCAGGAAUCAUCCUGAUAUUAUGAAUCAUAAAGAUGAUAAAGAUACAGGAAACAACAGUAAAUGUGCAAUCCUUUACCCCUUGUACAGACAGAUUUAUUGCACAGUAACUUCAGGAAUAAACCGUGUAAACUGAGAGGCUUUUAGGAUAUCACAGAGCAGCCAGUUGCAAAAAAUUUUAACUUAUCAAAAAUCUUUGGUCUGAACUGGGCUCAACACACAGAUGCUUGUGGACAGAUAAUUAGGUGCAUACAUUUGAAGAAAUAGUUGACUGAAAGUGAGCAGAAACAAUCAGCAUCUCAAAAAUCUGCCAGUUUUAUAGUCUACCUACCAGUGUUAAUUUUGUCCACUCACAGUGACUAAAAAUGUUUAUUGACUACCUUUUCUUCUGUUGGAGGACUAGACUUAGCCAAAAAAAAAGAUCUUUUUAAAUAAAAUAUAUAAUGAGAAUUAAGUUUGUUGGACAUUGAAAACCAUGAUUUUUCCUUCUGUGCAUGAAAGGUGUGUCGAGAUUUUCACCAGUUUAUUUAAACCAGUCAAAGUACUGAUAGUACAUUCAUAGGAGUAUUUAACAUUUAUUUUCAUUUUAUAAUUUUGCUUAUAAAAUUAGCUUAAAGCAAGUAAACAUGACUAGAAGUAAAGACUAAAAUAUGAGGACUUUUAUGGACUUAACUGGACUUAAAUGUUUUUUGUCGACUAAAAAGUAAAAAAAAAAGCCAAAAUAUCACUAAAGGUCUUUACACACUUGGUCUGUUUUUUCUGAAUCUGCCAUCUAAAAAAACCCUUGCACACUAAGUCUGUUGCAUUUUCUUUAUGUUCACUGCAGUUCUUGUAGAAAGUGGCAAAUCACUCUGGAUCCAUGCAAGAGAGAGCAAAGCAGCAGGCGCUGAUCUGAAUCAUUAGUCACCUUUUUAAAUGGCUUGGACUGAUGCAAACAAAUCAAACCUGUGCUGAAAAAAAAAAUGGCAGACAGAAGUUUCAGAGUUAGUGUGCAAACAUGAUUAGAUCAACAUGAGUGUGAUUUAUUUCUCAAUAUGUGCAAAAUUCAGACAACAAAACCGACUCAGUGUGCAGAGGCCAUAAGACCAAAUGUAAAAUAGCUGCCAAGCUUUCUACUCAUGCAUCGGUAUAGGCAGGAACGACAACGCUCAUGUGUGAGGGAUAGAGUGCAGUCUUCUUAACCCAUUUCCAGACAUCGUAAGUGUUGUUUUUCUUGUAAAACAGCCACAAUGCUGCAAAGGUGACUGUUUUCAGGAGUGAUUGUUGUCGCGUAAACUUGGCCUUAAAAAGAUGAGAAAUACUGACCCCCUGAUUUAAAACUACUGAAGAUUUUUGUUAAAUGAUUG